CCUUAAACUCGCGAUGGAGGCCGCCAUGUUUUCUGUCUCAGCGGGAAGGAAACGGAAGCGACGUCAAAACAGAGACGAGGGAAACGGCGCGUCUAAUGGCAGUGAAUGAAACUGCAAUAAAUCUGGAAUCCCCGACGCUGAUUGGCCGGUGGCUCCUCUGAUGCCAUGACGUCACAGGCGGAGCCGGCGCUCCCGCGCUCGAGCAGCUGACACGCAGGAGAAUCCCGUCCGCGCGCUGCCGCUGCCAUGAACACGCGUGGAGGCGCGUUCCAUCCGUCGAUGACGUCACCAGGAGCGGGGCACCGGCCGUAAUGACGUCAUGAGGUUAAGUCGCCAGCGUCAAGGAGGAGAAAGUUUUCUGUGACUCGGACAUUUCCGUCUCUUUGCUCUUUGGAGAAUCGCUAGGGACUCCGUCCUCGAUAUUCCCCGGACCGGCGCUCCUUGUGUCUAGGCUGCUCGGCGUGGCAUAAUUUAUGUGCCUGGUUGGUGGUUUUAUGCGGUACUUUUGGGCCGGAAGUGGUUGUGAACCAGCGGCCGCUCUCACCUGGACCCCAGGGACCCGCCGGUGAGCCGGGUGACUUUGUGGAUUUGCGCGCGGAGCUCCGGGCAGGUAUGUUUGCGGCGGUGGAGCACGGGCCCGUCCUGUGCAGCGACUCCAACAUCCUGUGCCUCUCCUGGAAGGGCCGCGUGCCCCGGAGCGAGAAGGAGAAGCCCGUGUGCAGGAGGCGCUACUAUGAGGAGGGCUGGCUGGCCACGGGGAACGGCAGGGGCGUCGUGGGCGUCACCUUCACCUCCAGCCACUGCAGGAGAGACCGACCCACACCACAGCGCAUCAACUUCAACCUGAGGGGACACAACAGUGAGGUGGUGCUGGUGCGAUGGAACGAGCCCUUUCAGAAGCUGGCCACCUGCGACACCGACGGCGGCAUCUUCGUUUGGAUCCAGUAUGAGGGCCGCUGGUCUGUCGAGCUGGUCAACGACCGAGGAGCUCAGGUCAGCGACUUCACCUGGUCUCACGACGGCAUGCAGGCGCUGAUCUCCUACCGCGACGGCUUCGUGCUGGUGGGCUCGGUGAGCGGCCAGCGACACUGGUCCUCCGAGAUCAACCUGGAGAGUCAGAUCACCUGUGGGAUCUGGACACCCGACGACCAGCAGGUGUUGUUUGGCACGGCGGACGGGCAGGUGAUCGUCAUGGACUGUCACGGGCGGAUGUUGGCUCACAUCCUGCUGCACGAGGCGGAGGGCAUCGCCAGCAUGGCGUGGAAUUAUCCCAACUUCCUGGUGGAGGACAGCAGCGAGAGCGACACGGACUCGGACGAUUACACGCCUCUGCAGGUGCACAGUCUGAAGCCGCUGCUGACCGUCUGCUUCACGUCUGGAGACGUCAGUUUGAUGAGCAACUACGAUGACCUCUCACCCACGCUAAUACGCACCGGCCUCAAAGAUGUGGUGGUGCAGUGGUGCUCUCAGGGCGACUUGCUGGCUGUUGCUGGGAUGGAGAGACUCGUGAUGACCUCUGACCCGACCCAAGCCACCCGAAAUGCCAUUGUUAAGUUUUACAAUGUUCGUGGUGAACACAUUUACUCACUGGAAACACCUGCUCAGAGGCCGAUCAGUACGCUGUGCUGGGGCCAUCGGGACUCGCGUCUGUUUCUGGCUAGCGGCCCGGCGCUGUACGUGCUGCGCGUGGAGCACAGGGUCGCCAGUCUGCAGCUGCUGUGCCAGCAGGUCAUCGCCAGCGCAGUACACGAGGAGAAAGACGUGGCCAAGCUCAGCAUGCCCUCUCGCCUAAGCACAUACGUGUCUUCUGCCUUCGCUCCCACCAUUAAGCCCCCCAUCCCAGAUCCCAACAACAUGCGGGACUUUGUUAGCUAUCCGACGUCGGGAAACGAACGUCUCCACUGCACCAUGAAGCGCACCGAGGACAACCCGGAGGUGGGCGGCCCGUGCUACACCUUGUACCUUGAGUAUCUGGGGGGGCUCGUCCCGAUUCUGAAAGGCCGUAGGAUUAGCAAACUUCGCCCUGAAUUUGUCAUCAUGGACCCAAAGACUGACGGGAAAACAGAUGAAGUGUAUGGAAACAGCUUCAUCCCCUCCAUGAUCGACAGCUGCAAUUGCUCAGAUUCCAGUGACAUUGAGCUCAAUGAUGAUUGGGUUGGAAAGAAAUCACCAAAGAUCUCCAGAGGCAGCAAGUCUCCCAAACUUCCCAGAGACUUAGUGUGUCCCUUUACCAACAGGAUAAAUAUAGAUCCCCGUAAGUCCCCCAAGCUCUCCCGCACCGCGCAGGAAAUAUCCCGAUCGCCUCGGUUACCCAUUCGCAAGCCCUCCAUCGGCUCUCCGAGCCUGACUCGGCGAGAGUUUCCGCUAGACGACAUUACGCAGCACAAUUAUCUUGCGCAAGUUACAUCGAACAUAUGGGGAACAAAGUUCAAAAUUGUGGGGCUUGCAGCAUUUUUGCCAACAAAUCUUGGUGCAGUUAUCUACAAGACAAGUCUGCUUCACCUCCAGCCCAGACAGAUGACCAUCUACCUUCCUGAGGUGAGGAAGAUCUCAGUGGAAUACAUUAACCUACCUUUGUUUAGUCCUAAUGUCUUCAGUGAGGAUGAGGAUGACCUGCCUGUCACAGGCGCAUCAGGAAUCACUGACGAUAAUCCACCUUGCACUGUCAACAUACCCAUCGCCCCCAUACACAGCCCCGCCCAAGCCAUGUCCCCAACCCAAAGCAUUGGCCUUGUCCAAUCCCUGUUAGCCAAUCAGAACGUCCAGUUAGAUGUAUUGUCCAAUCCAACAUCGACUGUGGCCCCGCCUGGGGUUUCUGACCAAGCACAGCAGGACACUGUGCUUACGGCCCAGUACACUGUCCCUGCCAGGUAUUCCAGUCCUGGACAGGUAAUCUUUGGAGGUAUGGAAGUUGGUCGGCUUUUAGUUGCGCAAUCCCAACAGCAGCAGCAGCAGCAGCAAUCACAACAACAACAACAACAACAACAACAACAGCAGCUGCAGCUGCAGCAACAUUAUCAGCAGCAGCAGCAUCAACAGCUACAGCAGCAGCUUCAACAAUAUCAGCUGCAGCAGCAACAGUUGUUGCAGCAUCAGCACAUGCAGCAACAGCAGCAGCAACACAUGCAACAGCAGAUCCAACAACAAAUGCAGCAACAGCUGCAGCAUCAAAUCCAACAGCAGCAUCUGCAAAUGCAACUGCAGCUGCAGCACCAGCAAAUGCAGCAGCAGUUGCAGCAGCAUCAGAUCCAAAUCCCUGUUCCAACUUUGCCCUCAGGUCAACCAUCAUGCCCAGUCAUUCAGCUUCCGCAGAGUGCGAUACCAGUCGCUCCCCCUACAGCAGAGCACAGUACGGAGCGCGGGGAGCAUGAGCUCCUGCUUAAAAUUAAAACUACUCGUUCUGCCCCACAACUGGCUGAGGGUGAUGCUGUCGUUUUUACCGCCCCUCUUGAGAUUAGCAAAAUGAACCCUCCCCCUCCUUACCCCGGCACAGUCGCCGCUGCGGUGGCGGCUGCCACAGUUACAGUUUCGGCUGCCGCUUCUACGAGUUCCACCGCUGGGGCGACGGGAAGCGGCUCUAGCGCUUCAUCCUCAGGGGAAGUUUGUGUAAAGAAAGGGGACCUGACCUUGUAUCCACCCGGUGCGCAGGCAGCUCAGUACCCAACCCCGCUGGGCUACGAGCGCAUCACCACGUUUGACAGCAGCGGAAACGUGGAGGAGGUGUGCCGCCCCCGCACGCGACUUGUUUGCAACCAGAAUGUUUACACGCUGCAGGGCCCGGGAAGCUCUGCCACCCUCAGGGUCUCAUCAUCUUCCUCUGCGGUAGAGGGGAAGAAGGUGCAGCUGCCCUACGCCUCAGCCACGUUGAACCGUCUCACUGUGCCAAGGUACUCUAUACCCAGCGGGGACCCACCCCCUUACCCUGACCCAGCCAAUCAGGUCGGAGCAGGGCGGAACCCGGGCCAGAGACUGGACAGCAGCUUGAUUCACGCUACCAUGAGGCGCAACAGUCGGGAAGCUGCGCUGAAGGUUUCUCAGAUGCUGGAUCCCCAGAGGACCCUACCCUCCAAGGCCAAAGCCAGUACUUUGUCCGCUUCCUACCAGCCGAGAGGGCCAACGGCUCUUUACACGUGCAGCCAGUGCAGCAGUAACGGCGCCGUCGGCGGUGGGGCCGCCAGCGGUGGAAGUAACGGAAUAGCUGGGGGGACGAUCAUUAGGCAAGAUUUCCCACCCACCGGAGGUGGUGCACCUCACAGCACUGUCAUAGUGCACUCCAACAGUGCCUCGCCUCUGCCUUCCCAAUCCUCCUACAGCCUGCUCAGUAUGGACGGCACCGGCGGAGUGGCUAGUGGAGCUGGAAACCGGGAAAGGGCUGACUAUAUCAACUCUGCCUUUACAGAGGACGAGGCAUUGAAUCAGUCUCUGAGGCAAAUGGCUCUCGGUACCGAGGUGGUGAGUUUGACAGUCAAACGGCCACCGCCGUAUCAAUGGGAUCCAUCUGCCACUGAAGAGAUCUGGGUUCCUCAAGAGCGUACGGCGUCUCUGCCCACCUCUGGACCUCCUGCCUCCCACAAACCUCCCCCACUCAUCCUCAGCCCCGCGCAGCAUCUGGACGUUUCCCGUCUUCCGUUCGUCCUCUCGCCGAAGUCUCCGACAAGUCCUAACGCCACAACCUUCCAGCCGGCAGGAGCGUACCAGAUUGCUCUUCCCUAUCCGCCAAGUGCGGGCUACGGCGGUCCCCCCCUUCAGACGGUGCAGGCUUCUCCACGUCCCGCAUCUCCCAAAGAGGUGGUUACUCCUCUUCCCUUUUCCCAGCAAGACCAAGCGGUGCUCUUGCCACCGGGCUAUCCUCCCAGUUUGCCCAACAUUGCGUGCUGCCCCCUCCCACCAAUGUACCCUGGGACGGCUUCUUGUUCUAAUCUGCCUGUGACACCCAUUCCUCUCCAUCCAUGGGGUUCUUACAAUCCCUGUCCGCCCAUGCCAAGCCCCCCGGGUCCUGCCCCGUCCCUUCCGCCAAAGACCUCCCACAUGCUGGAUAAGCCUGUUCUGUCUCCUCCCCCUCAACCUCAACCUCCCCCUCUGCCUACGCCUCCUCCAGACCUCCAGAGCGCGGUCAGUCCCCCUGAGGCCAUCGCCGAGGCUGGGGAAGGCUUUCAGGAGGUGCUCUCGCUAAACGAAAGCCCGGUUCCUCAAAGAGCGGACCGGUUCGGCAAGAAGAACCGGAAGCGUUUGGACAACAGUCGGGCAGAUGAAGCCAACGUUCCAGCGAUCACGGAAGGGGGCAGCAAGUCCAAAAAAGAGGGCCGUGCCCUCGGUGACUUCAACUCCCUCAUCUCCAGUCCGAGGUUAGGCGGAAGAGACAAGAAGAAACCGAAAGGCCAGAAAGAGCAGCUGAAAGCCAAAAAGCUAAGCAAGGCCACCACAAAUGAGUUCCAGGACAGCUCCGAGAGCGAGCCGGAGCUCUUCAUCAGCGGCGACGAGCUGAUGAACCAGAGCCAGAGCGGUAAAAAGAGCUGGAAGGCCAAAAGGAACUUGCGGGCGGGAGGCUGCGAGCUGGACGAGAUCAAAUGCCGAAAGGCCAACGAGAAAGAAGACCGUGGCCUCGGCAGCCAAGGCUUCGUCUACGUCAUGGCCAACAAACAGCCUCUUUGGAACGAAGCCACGCAGGUCUACCAGCUGGACUUCGGAGGAAGAGUCACGCAGGAGUCGGCAAAGAACUUCCAGAUCGAGCUCGAGGGCAGACAGGUGAUGCAGUUCGGAAGGAUCGACGGGAACGCGUACAUCCUGGACUUUCAGUACCCCUUCUCAGCUGUGCAGGCUUUUGCUGUAGCACUUGCUAAUGUCACCCAGCGCCUCAAGUGAUCGCCUGGGCUUGAACAUUGUAGCCGAUUGUCCCAUUUCUUUCUUUGCUCUCUGUUGUUUUUUUAGCACUUCUUUUUUUCCCAGUUUGAGAUGCAGUACUAAUACUUGAAAACUACAUCUGGGAAGUAAUUGCCACAUUUUCCAAGUGUUGGAGGUACUACUGGGCACUGAAAUCAAUUGCUGUACAACAUACUGUCAUUACUAAUUAGUUUUUUUUUUUUUUUUGCAUAAGAUACUAAUGUUUGUCACACUUUGAGGACGUAAUAUCUAAUCUCACUUCCAGGGACUUUACCCUUGGAGUUCAAUAGCUAGCAUCUGAUUAGAUGCUUUUGGCUUGCAGUCAUAAAAUGUAUUUUAUUAAGAAAUAGUUUGACUGAAUAUACAGUCUGUAGCUGUACACUCUAGGUAUUUCUGUUAGGAUGGACUUGCUUUGGCAGACUGAAUAAGCUCAACGGUGAAACCAUUGAUGCUGUAUUCAUUAGCACUCUAGAUGUUUUUAUUUUUUUCCCUCUUCAGUGUUUUUUUGUUUGUUCAUCCACACUUUUUUUAUUUGUAUCCCCCUGCAUGUGUCAUUUUUAUAUUUACAAAGUAACUUUUUUUUUAUUGUCUAGUACAUUCUUCCUGAUUGUGCAUCUCUUUCCUGCUGCCAAACAGGAAGUGGUGAGAAAAUCAGCAUUCACCUCCCCGCCACCUUCCAAAAAUGAAGUGACUGCCCCCUGCUGACGCUUCUGUGAAGUGAUUUUGUGUAAUGGCUUCCAAGCCACAUUUAGUCCACCUCAACAUGUGCAAACAGGAGAUAUUUUUCUACCGUGCUUCAACAAUGUCAUUUCAUACCUUUUAUUUUUUCGAAAAUGAUGUUUGUGUGACACGUUUGGUUACCAGUGCUAAGAAUAUCACAGUGUUAGACGACACCUCGUAGUACGAAUAGAAGUUCAGCAGUAGUUUUGCGAGGAACAGGAUUUCGAUUCUCUAUGAAUAUAGCAACACGCUUAACGUUUUCCUUUUGUUUGAUUUGACUGAUAUCAAUAAAACAAGCAAGCGACACAGCGUGAUUGGAGCAGUCCCGGUUCAGAAGAGAGUAAAGGCCUGUGACCGUGGUCGUUACAUUUCCUUUUUAGUGGCUCUGUGUUUUUGAAAGAGUUUUGAAGACAGUAUUUGUGAUCGGAAACCAUCGCGGCACAAAAAUCCGUUGUGCGUUUAUGUGCAUGUGUGUCUGUCUUAUGUCUUUUGUAAAGAGUGAUCCAAACACAAAUGGUGUUUCGUUUCAUGUGGUGAUUUCUUUGGGUUUUCGCCAAGAAAAUCCCCUGAUGGUGGUUUGAGAAACAGUGGUCGAUGUUCUUAACGGAAGAGUUUAUUUAUUUAUUUAUGUCUUGUUUGUGCAAUAUUGUCAAGACUAAUGCUUUCUUUACCGUCGGAUUUCUCGAGACAGCCGUUCGCCGUGAACGCGUACGCCAUCGAAUCCACCUUUCGUGAGCGUGAACGUUAUUUAUGUACAAAUGAUUCUUCAGCUUGGUGUCGUGUGUGUGCAUAUAACGUGGAUGAUGCUGAAUAGUGUUUGUGGAUGAGGAUCGGGCGGCGCUGGGUUUUGGUGUUGGUGAUUGUGGUGUUUUGUGAGUCGAACCCAGAACGACACAAUGAGACUUUCUGACGCUUUAACUGUUACAUGACCUGCUCCAUCUAAAAUGGGCCCCGCCGGGGUGACGUGUGUCGUUACCGCGUGCUGAUUCGACUGGUGGUCUUUAUUGUACUAUUAUUAUUAUUAUUAUUAUUAUUAUUAUUAUUAUUAUUAUUAUUAUUAUUAUUAUUUGAAAUGUGCUUGGUGUUCGUAGGGAUAGGUCAGUGCUUUGGAGAAGGAAAAACGUGACUUUGGUGAACGAAUGUUUGUAUUGAACGGUACAAAGGCAUGCUGGGUAAAUGAUAUUACUUGUUUUUUAAAGAACGUGUUCGUUUUAGAAGGGGUGAGCUUGGAACGGCUUCGGAAUUGAAGACGCACGCCACGGUUCCUUAUAAUCGCAACACGUUUUAGAUUCACGCUUGCUUUAGUCCAUUCUGUCUCGAAUAAGCGAAACGCACCCAUGAUGCCGUUUGGUUUUGAGGUGACUGCUUGGCAGGAAAGUUAGGACUUGUUUAGAUAUCUCGGUUAGUUUCUGGAAGCGUCUUUAUUUGCUCUAUACUGUAUAUUUAGGGGAAUCUCAUGCUUUGCCAGUUCCCCCUUUUUUGACUCUUGUUUUGUAAACAGACUCUGGGGUUCGGGGUUAGGCCUAACUAACUUGAAGCCUAUGCACUAGGGUUUGCAUUGUACUGUAAUGAACAGUUUUGUUGUUCCUCAAAAGCUGAAUUGUGUCCUUUGUCGGUGUGUAGCCCAAUAAAAGUGUACAGGAUGAAA